CCCCCCCCCCGUUUCAACAUGUCCUCCGUGGGGGCCCAGCACGUCGCGGUAUAAUGCGCAUAUGGAUGCUGUCAUGGAACCUGCCAAAGCUGCUCUCGGGACUGUGCGUGCACGUGGCCCUGCUGCUGGGCAGCGUGUGCGUGGCCUUUAGCGACCGCACGCCGGAGCAACUGGCCGCCCUCAUGAACUGCUCCAAGCACGAGCGGCACGCCAGGAACUACGACUACAUGGAGGGCGGGGACGUGCGCAUCCGCCAGCUCUUCAGCCGCACGCAGUGGUUCCUCACCAUCGACGACGACGGCAGCAUCAACGGCACGCAGGACCCCACCAACUGCUACAGUGUCCUGGAGAUCAGAACAGUGUCCGAGGGGGGAGUGCUGGCCAUAAAAGGGCUCAAGAGUCAGUAUUAUAUCUCAAUGAACAGGACUGGGCAGCUCCAAGGCAAGAGGAACUACAGUGAGAACUGCAACUUCAAGGAAGUUUUCCUAGAAAACUACUUCAACGCGUACUCCUCUGCCAAGUGCACUCGGAACGGCAAGGAGAUGUUUAUCGCGCUGUCGCAGAAGGGGAGGCCCCUGCGUGGAAAGAAGACCAGGAGGGAGCACAUAGCGUCCCACUUCAUCCCCAUGAAGUGCCGGGAGGAGGAGAGGAGGGUGGACUGACCCCGGAGGGGCCGGUGACGGACGCGCGGCAGCAUCGCUGCUGCAGGACUUUCACCGUCACCGGUGCGGUAUCGCAUACGCAACCUGACGCCAAGCUUGUCUGAAUAUAUAAAACAUCACUGAUUUGGUUAGCAUUGCA